CUUGUUGUUGAUUGGUGCACUCUCACGCGCGAUCCCGCUCCCUCCCCCAAGCAUCCCCUCGGUGCAUUGGUAAAUUUCAGUGGUGAGUGUCGGCCCCGGCUUUGGGGGGCCAAAACCGGCAAUAUUAUCACACACAACUCGCUAAGUGUGUACGGGGGUGGCGUCCUGUGCCCAUCGCCGUCCACAGCCACCGGGUUCUUCAACCCACGCGGCCAGGGAUCCGAGAUCAACGCGCUGGAGCUGGGGUUCCCGCGGAGUAUGGCCCUGGUAGCGCCGCCGCCCCCAAGUGUCUGGCGCGACCCCAAUCUCGGCAGCCACAUCCCCGUAACCACAGCGUCGGAGGAGCUCACCACGCUCGGGCCGCUGGUGCCGACGUCCAAGCAGGAGCUCGUGCAGCAGAGCAUCACACCAAAUUCCCAGGCCAACAGCUCCCAGAGUGGCGGCAGCUCAUCGCAGACGGUGGAUGUGAAACCAAAUCAGAACAUUGAGUGUGUUGUUUGCGGUGAUAAGAGCUCAGGGAAGCACUAUGGCCAGUUCACGUGUGAAGGUUGUAAAUCAUUCUUCAAGCGAUCGGUCCGGCGCAACUUAACGUAUUCUUGUCGAGGAAAUCGAACCUGUCCCAUCGAUCAGCACCAUAGGAAUCAAUGCCAAUACUGUAGAUUACGGAAGUGCCUCAAAAUGGGAAUGCGUCGUGAAGCUGUUCAGCGAGGACGAGUUCCACCCUCUCAGCCCACUGGAUAUCCCGGCAUGCACGGCCAGUACGCCCUGACGAAUGGCGACCCGUGUGCGGCCGGCUUCAAUGGUCACUCAUACCUAAGUUCCUACAUAUCGUUGCUCCUGCGCGCCGAGCCUUACCCAACCUCCCGAUAUGGGCAGUGCAUGCAACCAAAUAACAUAAUGGGGAUAGACAAUAUCUGUGAACUGGCGGCGCGGCUGCUCUUCUCGGCGGUGGAGUGGGCCAAGAACAUCCCGUUCUUCCCGGAGCUGCAGGUGACGGAUCAGGUGGCGCUGCUGCGACUCGUGUGGUCGGAGCUGUUCGUUCUCAAUGCAUCUCAGUGUUCAAUGCCACUCCAUGUGGCGCCGCUGCUGGCGGCCGCGGGCCUGCACGCGUCCCCAAUGGCGGCGGACCGGGUGGUUGCCUUCAUGGACCACAUCAGGAUAUUCCAGGAGCAGGUGGAGAAGCUCAAGGCGCUCCAUGUGGACUCGGCCGAGUACUCCUGCCUGAAGGCAAUCGUCCUGUUCACCACUGACGCCUGCGGCCUGUCCGACGUCACCCACAUCGAGUCCCUGCAGGAGAAGUCGCAGUGCGCGCUCGAGGAAUACUGCCGGACGCAGUAUCCCAACCAGCCCACGAGAUUCGGGAAGCUGCUGCUUCGACUGCCAUCGCUCAGGACCGUCUCGUCGCAGGUCAUCGAACAGCUCUUCUUCGUCCGUCUGGUGGGGAAGACGCCCAUCGAGACGCUGAUCCGCGACAUGCUGCUGUCCGGCAACAGUUUCUCCUGGCCGUAUCUCACAUCGAUGUGACACACAGUGUGGCGUCAGCUGGCGACGACCUGAUCCUCGGCCAUGGGGCCCUCGCUGGCUCCCUUCAGCGGCUGCUGUAGCGCCCCGUCCUCAGCCGGCCAGGCCAUGGAGCAGCUGCCCCUGGCGCCCGCGCUGCCGCCCGCGGACCACUUGCAGGUCGGCGCGUCCGUGCCCAACCAGCUGCAGGCCAGCGACGUGUCCGUCGCCGUGGACGUGAAGUGACCCGCGGAGUUGCAGGACGCCUUCCUGGCCUCCCUCCCGCUCUAGUGCGCGCUCUCUUGCAGACAAUACUCCACAGCCAGUCCCUGACCCUCCGCAAUCUUGUCUCAUAUCACGCGAGGAGGCAAAGUGAGAAGAGAGAAUUAGUAGGCAAUUAAGAGAUAUUAAAUUAUUGACAAAUUGUAUAAAGUGUAGCAAAGAAUCAAGGACAAGAAAAGAGGAUAGUAAGAGAUCACAUACUUAGGUGCCAUUUGUAUUAAGAAGAACACUUCUUCAGAUGAAACAUCAAAAAUAAUGUGUAAAAGUUGUAGGUUAUUUUAUGACUUGUUCGCAGUGUAAAUUUUUCUCAGAGAAAAUCACAAAAUGCAAUAUUGCAAUAUCUUUUUGCCCUUUUCCCACAAACACACACGAAAACACAUAUAUUUAUUAUAUACUCUUCCUUGUAAAGGAAAAAUCUCUUAAUGAGCACAAACAAUAAGGAGAAAAAAGAACAUUUUAUGACUUUGCAAUCUUAAAGUUUUCCCUCCCAAAGCAAAUCCCAUGAAAUUCUAGAGCAAUAAUAUUUUAUUUUGACAUGAAGAAACUCUAUUAUUUUAAAAUUUUUAUAUUUUUAGCUACAAAUAAAUUUUUUUUACAUCUAUUUUAAAAAUAUAUUUUAUAUCUCUUAUUUUAUAUAAAUGAAUUGCGAGAUACUCGUCUCAGAAACCAAUAUAUUGUUGUGAUCGAAAUUACUAUAUAGUGAAAUAACUAUAUUAUGACUUACAUAGUGAAAUAAACUGUAAAUACCACAAUUUGUACAUAAAUAGAAUUAAAUUGAUGAGAUAGAAUUUUUCUUCUUAUUUUUUUUAUUCAUCACUUUUCAGUUCCUCCUUUUAUGAUUGAUUUCAUUUCCAAACCACAAGAUAAAUUGUUUGUACAGUGAGAUAUUAUUUUCUUCUAACAAUAUAGAAACCACCAUAGAAAAAUCUGACAUAAUUUCCAAUCAUUUUACACCGCAUUUGAAAUGUAUUUGCAGAUGAUGAGAAAAAGUGUGGAAGUAAAGGAAAUCCAUGAACGAAUCACCAUUGUACAAGUUUUUUGAUGAGAGAUAAUAGAAAUUGUAAUAAGUGCAGUGCAUAAUAAAAUGAUAAUAAACGUC